GGCGACAUCGCCAGGGAGGAGGUGCAGAAGCACGCCUACCUCAACGUCGUGGGCAUGGUGGGCUCCAUCGACAACGACUUCUGCGGCACCGACAUGACCAUUGGCACCGACUCGGCCCUGCACCGCAUCAUCGAGGUCGUGGACGCCAUCAUGACCACCGCCCAGAGCCACCAGAGGACCUUUGUGCUUGAGGUCAUGGGGAGACACUGCGGGUACCUCGCCCUGGUGAGCGCCUUGGCCUGCGGGGCGGACUGGGUGUUCCUCCCGGAGUCGCCCCCGGAGGAGGGCUGGCAGGAGAGCAUGUGCGUCAAACUCUCGGAGAACCGCGCCCGGAAGAAAAGGCUGAACAUCAUCAUUGUGGCCGAAGGAGCCAUCGAUACCCAGAAUAAGCCGAUUACCUCUGAGCAAAUCAAGGAGCUCGUGGUCACGCAGCUGGGGUAUGACACGCGGGUGACCAUCCUGGGACACGUACAGAGAGGCGGGACCCCCUCCGCCUUUGACAGGAUUUUGGCCAGUCGCAUGGGGGUGGAGGCCGUGGUCGCCCUUCUCCAGGCCACCCCGGAGACCCCGGCCUGCGUGGUGUCGCUGAGCGGGAACCAGGCUGUGCGCCUACCGCUGGUGGAGUGUGUGCAGAUGACCCAGGACGUGCAGAAGGCCAUGGACGAGAGGAGAUUUAAGGACGCCGUGCGGCUCCGUGGAAGGAGCUUCGAGACCAACCUGAACACCUACAAGCAGCUCGCCAUCAAGUUCCCGGAUGAACAGAUCCCGAAGAGCAACUGUAACGUGGCAGUCAUAAACGUGGGUGCCCCCGCCGCCGGGAUGAACGCGGCCGUGCGUUCGGCCGUGCGCGUGGGCAUCGCCAACGGACACAAGAUGUUUGCUGUGUACGACGGCUUCGAGGGCUUCGCCAAAGGCCAGAUAAAGGAGAUCGGCUGGGCGGAUGUCGGAGGCUGGACCGGCCAGGGAGGCUCCAUCCUUGGGACCAAACGGACGCUGCCUGGGAAGUACCUGGAGGAGAUCGCUGGGCAGAUACGGACCCACAGCAUCAACGCGCUGCUCAUCAUCGGUGGCUUCGAGGCCUACCUGGGGCUGCUGGAACUGUCAGCCGCCCGGGACAAGUACGAGGAGCUGUGUGUCCCCAUGGUCAUGGUCCCCGCCACGGUGUCCAACAACGUGCCGGGCUCCGAUUUCAGCAUCGGCGCGGACACGGCCCUGAACACCAUCACCGACACGUGUGACCGCAUCAAGCAGUCGGCCAGCGGGACCAAGCGCCGCGUGUUCAUCAUCGAGACCAUGGGAGGCUACUGCGGCUACCUGGCCAACAUGGGGGGCCUCGCCGCGGGGGCCGACGCCGCCUACAUCUUCGAAGAGCCCUUCAAUAUCCGAGACCUGCAGGCCAACGUGGAGCACCUGACCGAGAAGAUGAAGACCACCAUUCAGAGGGGCCUUGUGCUCAGGAACGAGAGUUGCAGCGAGCACUACACCACGGACUUCAUCUACCAGCUCUACUCCGAGGAGGGCAAGGGCGUGUUCGACUGCAGGAAGAACGUUCUGGGCCACAUGCAGCAGGGUGGUGCGCCUUCACCAUUUGAUAGAAACUUUGGAACCAAGAUCUCCGCCAGAGCCAUGCAGUGGAUCAGCACGAAGCUGAAGGAGGCUCAGGGGAAAGGAAAAAGAUUUACGACCGAGGAGUCCAUCUGUGUGCUGGGAAUAAGCAAAAGGAACCUGCUCUUCCAACCUGUGGCACAGCUGAAGCAGGAAACGGACUUCGAGCACCGGAUCCCCAAGGAGCAGUGGUGGCUGAAGCUGCGGCCCCUCAUGAAGAUCCUGGCCAAGUACAAGGCCAGCUACGAGGUGUCGGAGCCCGGGCAGCUGGAACCCGUGCAUCACCGCGGCCACGAGGAGCCGGCCGCCAUCUAGACCCGCGCUAGCCGGCCGCCGCCGGCGUCCCGUUUACCGCCCGUUUUUGUGACACUUAAGUUAUUCAUUGGCACUUGACGUGAGUUCUGUCGACGUGGACACGGUCACAGAGCCCCUCCCGUCCCCUCCCUCACGGACCCCCAGCCUCCAGCACGACCUGUCUGCUGUGUUGUGUCUCCUACUCUGUCUCUCGCUUUGAAACUCGUGUAUCCAGCAGAAUUAAACGUUCGGCUAAAACUCCA